AUGCCUGUCUACCACGUCGUCCUGUUCAAACUCAAGCCCGGGGUAACGCCCGCUCAGAUUUCAAGCUGGGGCGCCCAGGCAAAAGCGAUGGUUGGCCAAAUCCCAGGCCUGAGAAAGCUCGAAGUGAACACGCCUUUGCCUAUCACAGCGCACAGGAGCCAAGGGUUCAACUGUGGUCUUGUCGCCAUACUGGACAAGGCAGAAGAUGUGAAGGUCUACGCCGAGCACCCUGCUCACUUGGGGGUGCACAAGCUGAGGGAGGAGCUUUGUGAUGAUACAUUGGCGUAUGACCUCGAAUUCGAAGAAUGA